AGUGAAACCAGUAAUCCUUAGGAAUGAACUAUUUAUUACUCUCACAUCCCAUCCGAAUCUCCUCCUCGUUCAACCCCAUCUUCCUCUAAACGCUGACGACCCCACUCCCUCUCAGACGAAAGCACGAAGUGCCUGUUUCAUAGAAGAACAACCAUGUACUUGUCCGAGAAGCCCCGUCCCAUCGAUUUCUACAAAGAGGAAGGCCCCCGCGACAUGAUUAUCGAGGUCGUCACUAAUGCUGACCUGCCACCUCACCACCACCAGCCUCACCCUCACCCCCACCACCAGCAGAUGAUCCUCGGCGAUAGCAGCGGUGGCGACGAGGACCAUGAGGUCGAGGUCGAGGUCGAGGUCAAGGCCCCCAAGAAGCGCGCUGAGACCUGGGUCCAGGACGAAACACGUAGCUUAAUCGCUAUGCGCCGUGAGAUGGACGGUUUGUUUAACAUCUCCAAGUCGAACAAGCAUUUGUGGGAGCAGAUUUCCUCGAAGAUGAGGGAAAAGGGGUUCGAUCGCUCUCCGACGAUGUGCACCGACAAGUGGCGGAAUUUGCUCAAGGAAUUCAAGAAGGCUAAGCACCAGGAUCGGGGGAGUGGGUCAGCCAAGAUGUCGUAUUACAAGGAAAUUGAGGACAUUUUGAGGGAGAGGAGUAAGAAUGCGCAGUACAAGAGCCCCACGCCGCCUAAAGUUGAUGCCUUUAUACAGUUCUCGGAUAAAGGUAUUGAGGAUGCUAGCAUUUCUUUUGGACCUGUGGAAGCUACUGGAAGGCCGACACUAAAUCUUGAGAGACGUUUAGAUCAUGAUGGACAUCCUCUUGCCAUUACCACAGCUGAUGCAGUUGCUGCAAGUGGAGUUCCUCCUUGGAGUUGGAGAGAGACUCCUGGAAAUGGCGGGGAAAGUCAGUCUUAUUGUGGAAGGGUCAUAACAGUCAAGUGCGGGGAUUACACUAGAAGGAUUGGCAUUGAUGGCACUGCAGAUGCCAUCAAGGAGGCAAUUAAAUGUGCUUUUAGGCUACGAACUAGACGUGCCUUUUGGUUGGAGGAUGAGGACCAGAUAGUCCGAACUCUUGACCGGGAUAUGCCUUUGGGAAAUUAUACACUUCAUCUUGAUGAAGAAAUGUUGAACUCCUAAUUGCAGGAUUGGCCAUUAAAGUCUGUCUUUAUGACGAGUCUGAUCACAUACAAGUGCAUACCGAAGAGAGGAGUUUUUACACUGAAGAUGAUUACCAUAAUUUUCUGUCCCACAGGGGCUGGUCAUCUCUUAGGGAGUUUGAUGGGUAUAGGAACAUUGAUAAUAUGGAUGAUCUUCGACCCGGCGCUAUAUACCGUGGUAUGAGUUGAAGACAGGUCCGUCACCAUGGAGUUUUUACUUUUGUUCUGUUUCAAUCUUGAGUGCCACAAUGGUUUGGAACCGUAGUGCUGAGUUUGUAUAUAAUGCUGUUCUACUCUAUUUGCUUAUAAGCAUUAAGCAGUAGAGGGACUUUUGUGUCAGGUGUAAGGUGUUGUAUGUUCUAUGGUAGAACAUGGAAAAGCUCAUUGUACAAAUUCUGAUCCUUACGGAUUGUAUAGCCUGGUCACCUUAUUUAUGUAAAUAUGUAUUUUCAAUGACAUCUGGGUGAUUCCAAGUUA